CAGGGCCCAACAACCCGGCACUCUCUACGCCCUAUGACUCUGCUAAUGAUUGAUGGGUGGUGUGCUGAUCUGAUACUUGGCCGUAAGUCGCCUAAAUUACAGCACCUAUAGCACUGUGCUGUGCUCGGCAUAAAACAAAAGGCAGUCCACGUAAGGCAGACUGCACGCAAGGAUGGACAUUUCGAGUUUAGUGUCUGUCGCUCCCCAAAGAUCAUCAUUUACUUUCUUGUUUUGCUUUUAUUAUAAUCCUACUUUCGCAUUACUAUUGGUUCGCAUUUCCCCCCCGCUUGCCCUGUGCACAAACCCAUCAGGACACUCCACCAGGGUUUGCCCAUCUCCUAAAUUACCCUUUUCGUCUCUGGCGUCACUUACAGGGGGACACCACAGACAUACCACCUCACCUGAUUGAUUACAUCAAGGCUGCUUACUGUACAUAGUACAAACGGGCCUCUUUCACAGGCAAAGCAAGGGCAUGCAGCCGAAACCUGCAAACAAACCAAAAGCACAUACCACCAACAAGCAUCACAACACUUUUUGAAUUCUUACAUCCCCAGCAAAACGCGGAGAAGCGAGCUGAUACUGCCCUAUUGCCCCUCUUUCUCUUUCUCCAUCUACACAAUCAGCUCUGUUCGUCAGCAGCCUCACAUUUCACAGCUCACUUACAAUGGAGAAAUCACAAAGUUACACCCGCGUGCCGGCGUCAGAGUCGGAUAGCUUCAGCGACGAUGAAGUCCAGCAGAGCCAUCGCCACCGGUCUUCGCUGCUCGGCUCGUCGACAGUACGAGGAGUUCUCACAUUACUGGGCAUGGUCACCAUGCUAGUGCUUGGCUUUGUGCUAGGUGCGAAUUGGCAGCAGAUUACGGGCCGCCCUCAUCGUUAUAUUCAAACGGGCACAAACCGAUAUUAUAUGAAAUUCAACGGCACCUUUGCCCAAAAGUCUAACCCCGUCAGCGACGCGGCCUGGGAUUCCCUGUUCCCGAAGAAGCUGGGCUUCAUCAAACACCCGACACUUGCACCCAAUGUCGCUGGCGUUGCCGUCUUCCACGAAUUACACUGCUUGAACAUCCUGCGACAGUCGUACUUUGCUGCCUUGGACGGCACCAUCCAGCAAACGGCGACCGAACACACCGACAACAACCACCGCACAAGCAGGCACCAUAUCCGCCACUGCUUCGAAUAUCUGCGCCAGUCGCUCAUGUGCGUUGCCGACACAAAUAUAGAGGCGUUCAACUACACAAUAGGCGGCGUCACGGGCUGGCAGUCAGAGCGCACAUGCAAGGACUACGAGGGCAUCAAGGCAUGGGCGGAUCAAUGGGGAAUGACCCGCCAUACCGCCAUAGACGAAUUCAACAAGGCGCAUGCCCAUACCCCGGAAUAAAUCCAUGUACGACGCCACUCUAGUUAAUGUUAAUGUAAAAAUACCAUCAUGUCAUGCAAUAUAUCAUUUUUUUUCUUUUACGUGUCAUUGUCUCCUUUCAUCAGUUUUCUCAAGCUAGGUGGUGUUGUAGAGGCAGCCAGCUCAAUACCAACAUUGAUAGCGACUCAUCUCAUUGGAGAUUUGCUAGUUUUCAAAACCUGGAACCAGGUUCGAUGAGAAAUGGAGAACAGCAAUUACGUUGGUUCAAGGCAUUUCAAUUAAGUAGUCAUUAAAUAGUACAAUAUUCGUGGUUGUUUACAUGAUGGGCAGGACAGCGUCGUCUAGUGCGGUACCUUUAGUGGCGUAAACUGCGACUCGGGCGUUAUCUUUGGGUCGAUGAGCACACCAGGCGCAAAGAUAUCAACGGCGUUCUCACGGUUCCACUUCAUGAUGGCGUCAAAGUUGGCACACUGGUGAGUGCCCCAGGUGCGUGCCGUCACGCCCUUAACGUAGCUGGCAUUGCCCAGAUAUGUGUAUGUAGCGAGCGAGACGUCGCCGCGGCACAUGAUGCCCUGGCGAAGGGUUUCUAUACAGUGGUCUGCAGAAAAGGCUUCUGUUAGUCUUGAACACCAAAAAGAAGAGGCAAGGAUAUAAAAGUCGGGUGGCGUACUGAUAUGUCG